UGUCUAGUAGACAGUAGAUUACCGACAUGUGAGCAAUCGGUAUUUUCUUUACUGCCAUUUGUGGGCCAAUGGUUUGACACCCCGUCUACUAUCACACCCGCUAUGCGGCGAAAAGCAUGUAAUCUUAUGGGACAAACCGACCUGGAAGUCGACGACCAGUGUCCAUUUGGCAAUGAGUGCGAGGUGAUUUGCUACGAGGCCAAAAGUCAGUGCAAAACAUCAAGGGACACAAAGCGCUACCGUAUCACAAACGUGGAGUGCGCCACCGGCAAGCAAUGCACAUCAUACGGCUGCUGCCACGACACACCCCCUACUGAACCCCCACCGCCAACUCCCACAACACCUAAACCCACGCCCACUACACUGAGUACCACUACAGUCAACCCCGAUUAUAAGUGCCCGGCCAUUGCGGGCGACUACAGGGACGCCUCCGACGCGCACCGGUACUGGAGUUGCCACGAGUUUGAGCCGAUACAGGAGUUCACGUGCGCCUACAACGAGUACUUUAACGACUGGUCCGAUGUGUGUAAAAUAGAUUACCGGUAUUAUAUCGGGUGCAAUGGUCAGGUCGGUUGGCACCGCAACCCAUACGACUGUCACUCGUUCUACUGGUGCUACCAAAUUGGCGGCGACCCCACCGGCCAUAUAUACGGUCCGGUGUUUUACGAGUGCGCCAACGAUACAAGUGGUCACCCUAUG